AUGAGAUUUCUCCGACUGCUAACGAUUUUGAGCCUCCUCCUCAUAGUGAAACCAAUCUCAGCCAAAUUCUACACCAACAUUUCUUCCAUACCACCGUUACAGUUCCUCAACGCCACGCGCAGCGCGUGGGAAACUUUUGAGAAACUCGCCGGUUGUCAUGUCGGAGAUAAAGCCGACGGUAUCUCCAAACUCAAACAAUACUUCCGUCGUUUCGGUUACAUCGCCUCCGCCGCCGCCGUCGAUAAUUUCACCGACGAUUUCGAUGACGUCCUCCGCUCGGCGAUCAACACUUACCAGAAGAAUUUCAACCUCAAAGUCACUGGUAAACUCGACGCCUCGACUCUCCGGCAGAUCACUAAACCGAGGUGCGGGAAUCCGGAUUUAAUAGACGGAUUUUCGGAGAUGAACGCCGGAAAGAAAUUCCGGAGGACGGAGCGGUACUCGUUUUUCCCCGGAAAGCCACGGUGGCCGAAACAGAGACGAGAUCUGAGCUACGCGUUCGUGCCGGCCAACAAUCUCACCGACGACGUGAAGCAAGUGUUCGCACGCGCCUUCUCGCGCUGGGCAGAUGUCACUCCGCUGAACUUCACGCGCUCGGAGUCACUCCUCGGCGCCGAUAUAGUGAUCGGAUUUUUCGUCGGUGAGCACGGAGACGGAGAGCCCUUCGAUGGAGCAAUGGGAACACUAGCGCACGCGUCUUCUCCGCCUACUGGGAUGUUUCAUCUCGACGGCGAUGAGGACUGGCUGGUCUCGGAAACCGAAAUCAGCCGUCGGAUAUUACCGGUAACGUCGGUGGUGGAUCUAGAAUCCGUCGCGGUUCACGAGAUCGGACAUCUUCUGGGGUUAGGUCACUCGUCGGUGGAAAAUGCCAUUAUGUAUCCGGCGAUUUCCGGUGGAGAUCGGAAGGUGGAGUUAGCGAAAGAUGACAUUGAAGGAAUUCAGCAACUGUACGGAGGAAAUCCAAACGGAGACGGUAAAACAAGCGUUGGAGCUAAGUCCGGCGUCGAUUGCAUCCGCCGGUGGAGAGGGUUGGUGCUUAACAGCCUAUCAUCGUUUGCCACGUGUAUAUUCUUGAUUUGUUUUUAG